CAUGUGGUGCGGGGGUGGCCACCUGCACAGAGAGUGCCCCGAGAAAGAGAACGCUACCUCCACUCCAGGGUGCUGUAACUGUGAGUUGAAGGAUGGGGAAAAACCGCAUCCCGCUAACUACCGCGGCUGCAGUCACGCGAAGGAGGAGCUGCAGAAGAGGAAAUUGCAGAGAGCACCCAAAACCACAACAGGAAGGGUGUUCUCAUCAAAUAUAGUCACUCCUGGAGUCUCCUUCGCGGCGGCUCUCCGAGGCAACACGUUGCAGGAGCAGCGGUCUCAGACUCUACAUACACCAGUGGCAGUCCCACCAGCAGUCAAGAAACCGACCGUCCCGGUUCCUGUACUGGAACAACACACAGAAGUGAGCGAUUGAGCGCUAACA